AUGAGGGUCGUUCCAGCGGAGAAUCUAAUCAGCGCCAUGCGAAAGUAUCGCAUCAUUUUCGGAUCACAAUUCAAUAACGUGACGGCCCUCAGCAAGCCGAGUGAUCUCUGGAGAAACGGGAUCGUCGUCAGAGUUCCUCUUCUGACGGGCGCAGUGGGGCAAGAGGGGCGUGGGCUGGUCAAUGACAAAACGAUUGUCUCCUUGUAUCGCUCUGAUACCCGAGUCAAUAAUGACUUUGAUCUUGCUUCGGUCAUUGACACUGAUUUGCUCUGGUCUUGUGUACGUUUUCUCCUCAACCGAACCUCCCCAAAACUUGAAGUCGCUGACGAACAGGCGGGGCCUCAAUCCACCCUUGCCUCAAUAGCAGCCUCGAAUAACAUCUCUACCCGGCUCUAUCACUUCAUCAGCUCCAUUCCAAAUCUCUUCCCUAAAGAGUACGACUGGCUAGGCAAAUUUCACGGCUUGGAGAUUGUUCUUCUCUUCACCGAUCCGGAUACCACACCUUACACCCCUCAGACAUAUGCAGUGUAUGAAUACUUCAGGGGCGUCGUUGCGCGCUUUCUGAAGAAUCCUUCCGCAGGCCCUGGGUGGCCGGCCGUGGGGUCGUCUUAUGCUCCAAUCGACGUCGCGGUUCUGGGGGAUGUGGUUGAUACCUCGAGCGUCAAGACGGUGUCGAAUUCUACGGCCAUGAAUGAGAGACAUCGAUGA